GAACAAGCAAAGUUGCCUCGGUGCGCCGGGCCUCACGGUAUAAGAGGGAGAGUGACCCCAUAGUCAAUAACAAGGCGAGGCUGAAGCUGGCUUUGAUAUCUCGGGUUUUGAAUAUCCAAUGCAGUCAAGUUCUAAUGGGCCAAUUUCAACCACUGACUCCAAUAUGACAACACCCGAAGAUCAGAGAAACAAAACGGCAAGUAUGCCUGAUCUGGAGCAACUGGGUAAAGAGCGGCCUCACACCUUCUCCGGGCUCUGGCCUGAGGUAGCUUUUUGUUUCUCGAUUGUGAUGUCCCAAAUCCUCGCAGAAUUCUACAUAUCAGGGUCGAACAUUCUUCUCCCGACUCUCAUAAAAGAAUUAGACAUACCUGCAGCCUCGACAAUAUGGCCUACCACCGCCCUCUCUCUCGCCGUCACCUCAACGCUCCUCAUAUUCGGCCGCUUGAUCGACAUGUACGGUGGAUAUAUCAUCUACAAUGCCGGGGUCAUCUGGCUAAUGAUCUCUUCGAUCCUCUGCGGCGUGUCUCGGACAUGGUUGAGCUUGGUGGUCUGUCGAGCCCUGCAAGGGUUAGCUCUCGGAGCCCUGCUCCCAUCUGGAAUGAUGAUUCUAGGAAGUACAUACCGCCCAGGGCCGCGGAAGAACCUGGUGUUUAGUAUUUACGGCACAUGUGCCGUGUUAGGCUUCUUCGCCGGAUACUUCGUCUCUGGGAUCUGUGACCAGUACUUCAGUUGGAGAUGGUAUUUCUUUAUUGGUGCAAUUUUAUCGGCGAUCAUGGCAGUCCCGUCGCUCUUGUAUAUCCCGCGCGAUUAUGCCGAAAAGCGAGAGCUUGGGAUACGGAUGGAUUGGGUUGGAUUCUGCUUGUCCAUCUCAGGAGCGACGCUCUUUGUCUUCGCUAUUGCGGAUAGCUCGUACGCCCCGCGGGGUUGGAGAACUCCGUACGUUCCGGUACUUUUCGCAAUUGGCAUCACCUUGCUGGGCGUCAUGACGUAUCUUGAGGCGUGGGUGAUUCGUAACCCUUUGAUUCCUGGUGACAUUUUCCGAGUCAAGUUUAUGACACCUUUGAUACUGGCGUUGCUCUGUCUUUACGGAAGCCUGGGCAUUUUCCUUCUCUACGGAGUCCUGUACAUGUCAGCUUUUAUGGGAGCCACCCCUCUCCAGGUCGUCGCCUGGACCGUCCCGAUGGCAGUCGGCGGCCUCAUCCUCUCAGUGACGGGAGGAUUCAUUCUCCACAAAGUAUCCGGUACAGUACUGAUGAUUAUCUCGUGUCUGGGAUACGUCGGUUCAGGACUGUUAUUUGCGAUCAUCCCCCUCGGAGGAAACUACUGGGCCUACGUGUUCCCCGCAAUGAUCUGCGGUACCAUCGCCAUCGACAUCAGUUUCAAUCUCGCGAAUAUAUUCAUCACGACUACUAUGCCGAAGGCCAAGCAGGGCCUGGCGGGUGCGCUGAUCUAUUGUACUAUGCAUAUGGGGAUUGCGGUUAUGCUGGGGAUUGCGGGCAUUGUUGAAACCCAGACGAAGUAUCUCGGUACGUGGAAGAGUUAUAAGGCGGUGUUUGGUUUCCAGACAGGACUUUCUAUUCUUGGCCUUUUGAUUGUUUUGGUAUUCGUGAGGAUUCGUCAUGCCAAAAGUGAAUUGACGGCGGACGAGAAGGAGGAAUUAGAGGGGGGAACCUGA